AUGACAUCCAACCUCGGCUCACAUACAAACCCCCUCAACGCGGCCUACGCACGAACGAACCAUGACUCGGAUCACGUUCGCCCGACUCAAUCCCUUCAUCGCCUAUUUCAGUACGCUCGUCUUCAUCGACAAUUUGGACAUUUUGAACUUCGCGUCAUGCCCUCUAGAUCUCCACCCACACUUCCCCAUCACCCGCCCAACCCCCACAGAGUAUCCCGCGCAAAGUCGACCGAACAAUAG